UCUUAUAUAAAUAUACACAAACUCACACAUAUAAGCAUAAACAUAUAGACAUUCACACAGACACAAAUAUAGAUAUACACAAAUACACAAGCACACACACAAACAUACAAACACACCAACAAACAGAAACACAUACACACACAAACACAAACAAACACACACACAAGCACAUACACAGGCACACACACUCCCCCAUCCCUUCUCUUUCCAGUGAAAAAUUGCUGAGAUGAGAUUGUAUUUGUAAAGUCAGCAGUUUUUUUGCAGCGUGUACGAGGAGCCAGCUGCACAGAGGACAGCUGAAGUGUAUGGGACAACAGAUGCACAUUAUAGAAACACAGCUGCACUAUAUUCAAGACAACAGGAACUAUAGAUGCAGUUUGAGCAAUAGAACUUCAAGGUAAAACAGCUUCACGGAGUAGCGCAAAGUUUGGUGCAUUUCACUGCAGAGGGGUGCACCACAUGAAAGUUUGUUGCAGGUUAUUUGAGUUAAGUGCAGUGCGUGCAAGUUAAACACAACAUGUGCACAUUUUCCAGCUUGUGUUUAGAAAUGGUGCAGUGUCCAGCAUAGAGCUGCAACACACAUACAUAGAUAUAUACAUACAUACACACACACAUAUAUAUAUAUACAUACAGGAUUUGGCAGGUGCAUUAUCUGAGGAACAGAUGCAGUGUUUGCAUACAUGUGGACAUUAUUAUACAUUGAUGCACAAAUUAAUUGCAAGAGCUACAGUGAAUGCAGAAUUUCCUGUGUUUUCAUGCUGCAACACGCUAUAAUGCAUAUAUGUAAGAUUUGGUUGAUUCAUCCAUCAGACCAUUGCUGAUGCUGAAGAUGCUGCUGUUGUUGAUGGUGACAGUGAUGACAAUGACUAGUUUUGAUGAAGAUAAAGAUGACAGAAACACCCAGAUUCCGCAUCUUACUGCAACUGGUCACAGUCUUGAUUUAUCUCAAUGGUUCCUUGUGUGUAGACAUCAGCUACCACGUGGAGGAAGAACAGAGAGAAGGAACCUAUGUCAGUGAUAUUGCUGCAGACUUCCUGUUAAUGAGUGACUCUUCAUUAAAACAUUCCAGUUUGAUAUCGUUUAAUCAAUUACAAAAAGGUGCUGGUGGCGAAAUGGAACUGUUUAAUGUAACAAAACGAGGCAAGCUGUACACUGCACACAGGCUGGAUGCUGAGGAACUGUGCACAGUGAAGAAGGAGUGCAGCAGAAUUAUCAAAGUGGCAGUGCAGUUGUCUGAGAGAUCCAGUACCCAAUACAUGAACAUUUUAAAAGUCAAGAUCAUUAUUGAUGACAUUAAUGACCAUCAACCAAUGUUUCCUACAAGAGAACUUGAUCUUCAUUUCACAGAGAGAGAUGGUAAAGGAGUGAUGCUAGCUGUGCCAAAUGCCAUUGAUAGAGAUGUUGGAGUUAUGAAUUCAAAGAUAUCAUAUCAGUUAAGAAAUAAACCAGACUUACCAUUCACAUUGUCUGCAAGGAAAACCAUUACUGGUAGUUCUGAACUGGGAAUCAUUUUGGCAAGGAAAUUAGACAGGGAGGUAAAAGAUUCUUAUAAUCUACAAGUUAUUGCCAAAGAUGGAGGCUAUCCAUCGAAACAAGGUGUUUUAGAUGUGCACAUAUCUGUCAUAGACUUAAAUGAUAAUUCACCAGUAUUUAAUAAAGAUAUUUAUAACAUCUCAGUAAGGAACACGCAUCAAAGAAACAGGCCAAUUGCAAUGGUGUCUUCCAGUGUUGUCAGCCACAACUACUGUGUCUUUGAGUGUGACAGUCAGUAA